AUGGCCGGGGCUCUCGGCGGGGACCGCUCCGGGCUGCCUCCGUCCGCGGUCCACGGCAGCGGUGGCAGCGGCGGUGGCGGAGAAGCCCCGCGCGUGGAAUUCGUAGCCCUGACCGCCGUGCAGACUGAGAAGAGCGAGGCGACCGCCUCAGCCCCCGCCGCCGCCGGAUCCAGCAGCCCCAGGCGCCUGGGACUCCUCGGGACUCCCUUACCGGUCCCACGCGGGGGCUCCGGAGCUCGGUCCGCGUCGCAGAAGCGCUACCGUCGCAUUCAGAACUGCCUCUACAACGUGCUGGAAAGACCCCGAGGCUGGGCGUUCAUCUACCACGCUUUCAUAUUUAUCCUGGUCUUCAGCUGUCUGAUUUUAUCUGUGUUUUCAACUAUUCCUGAGCAUCAUACAUUUGCCAACGAAUAUCUCUUCAUCCUGGAAUUUGUCAUGAUUGUUGUUUUUGGAGUGGAAUACAUUGUCCGUGUCUGGUCGGCGGGCUGCUGCUGUCGCUAUCGAGGAUGGCAAGGCCGUUUCCGGUUUGCCCGCAAACCCUUUUGUGUCAUCGAUUUCAUCGUCUUUAUUGCUUCUCUGGCCGUCAUUGCAGCUGGCACCCAGGGGAACAUCUUUGCUACCUCGGCCCUACGCAGCAUGCGCUUCCUGCAGAUCUUACGCAUGGUGCGCAUGGACCGCCGUGGCGGUACUUGGAAGCUUCUUGGCUCAGUGGUCUAUGCCCAUAGCAAGUGUUUCCCAGUUAGCAAUUACUUCCAGCCCUUAUUAGGCUAUAAAGAAAGAAACAAUGGCUUCAUGACUUUUAAUUUCUCCAUAUUUUUAUUUGAACCCAACCCUAGAGAACUGGUCCCUAUGUUUGAAAACUUGCACCGAGCUCGCAACGGAGGGCUUAGGAUCUCUGAGGUGAGGAAAUUUCCUGAUGGAGCUCCACCGUCGUAUCACUCCUUCACCUCUGGCCUGAAAGCCUCCACUCCUUCUUUUUGCACAGGAGAAAGCAAUAAAAUGGGACUCAAAGACCGCAUCCGAGUGAGCAAUUCUCAGAAGCAAGGCAGCAGGGGGAAGCAGCACCUUGUGCCCCCACUCCACCGCUCCCCCAGCACAGAGAACGUCAAUGAAGGCAUCAGCCCCAGCAAAGUACAGAAGAGCUGGAGCUUCAAUGACAGGACAAAAUUCCGGGCCUCAUUGAGGCUGAAACCCCGGACACCAGUGGACGCUGAUGGUCCUACAGAGGAAGCUAGCGAGGAGAAGACCCAUCAAUGUGACUUGACUUUUGAAGACAUUAUGCCUACUGUAAAGACCUUGAUCCGAGCAGUCAGAAUUCUUAAAUUCCUGGUAGCCAAAAGAAAGUUCAAGGAGACCCUGAGACCAUAUGAUGUUAAGGAUGUGAUUGAGCAAUACUCAGCUGGCCACCUGGACAUGCUUGGCAGAAUCAAAAGUCUCCAGACCCGUGUGGAUCAGAUUAUGGGCCGGGGAGGUAUCGCCAUGGAUAAGAAGACACGGGAGAAAGGGGAAAAAGCACCAUUAGAGGUCGACCUGGUGGAUGAACUCAGCAUGAUGGGCCGAGUGCUAAAGGUGGAAAAGCAGGUUGAGUCUAUCGAGCACAAGCUGGACUUGUUGCUAGGUGUUUACUCCCAGUGCCUACGGAAGGGUUCAAUCAACUCCAUUAGCUUGACCGCUAUACCAGUUCGCAGUGGUGAACCGGACAUCACCUCUGACUAUCAUAGUCCUGUGGACCAUGAAGACAUCUCUGUCUCUGCUCAGACCUUGAACAUCUCCCGAUCGGCUAGCACCAACAUUGACUAAGAUGGCCUCUUCAGACUAGCUGUGUAACAGCCACACACCAGCUACAUGCAGGGAGGAGAGGCUGGGAGCGAGUCUUCCCUUCGAAGGAGGGCUUGGGAGACAAUUCCUGACUACUCUUAUGGACUGUGCUCAACUGAGCCGAAAUCUUCUCCAGUCUCACCCUGUUGGUGUUUCCUCAUCAGAUUCGUCUGCCUUUGCACCAGAACGAUCACCUCAACUUUACUUGAAGUCUUCCAAUGGGGGGCAAAGCCACUAGCACCAGAGCAUUUAGAGCAAAUGUAGACAAAUGGUUAGAUCUCCAAAACAGCAGGGUGGGUCCCAGCACCCGUCAGCUGUCAGUCGUAACUUUUCCAGUGUUUCUGGGUUUCCCACAGUGGUUGUGAUAGAAUGUAAAACUCAAGUCAGCAGCUUUCUCUCUUGGGAAGCAAGCCUUGUUAGCCUGAAGCAAUGAGCAGAGGAAUCUGUCUUUCUGCCUCUCGGCCUCCUGUAGACAUCUGCCAUGGUUCCCAGUUAACUCCAGAGUUUUCAGGUGCCUCCAGGCUACCGAGGAAUUCCAUUCUCUUUUGACAAAGAGCAGUCAAGAUGAAAUGGCCACUUUGGACUCUCGAGUCAUUGUGAUGGCCAACCCAUCAAGGAAAACCAUGCAAAUGGUGACAACCAUGAAAUGAGAGCCACCGAUUCUAGACUUUUACUUUUACUGGGCAAACCAGGUUGGCGAUGCUUUUUUUUUCAGCUAUGCAAAAGCUAGGUUACUCUUUCCUUCAGCCGUGCUCGACAAGGGACAUUGCAACUUGACUGAAUGUGGUUUCUUGUCUUUGCAUUUAGAAGCAAUUAAUGACUGGCAAUGCCUAACCCUACUCUUGGCAGCCUUUGAAGCACCUUUCUACUUCUCUUUUAGCUC